AUCACUCCCUGGUCACCACGCUGCACACUGCACCGCCAUGAAGUGCCUCGCCGUGCUCGCCCUGCUGCUCGCGUCCUCCGCGGCGCUGGCGGAACACUCCGCGCCCCCCGCGCCCCCCGCGCCCCCCGCGCCCGCCGCGCCCUGCGACCCCGCGGCCUGCCAGCUGCCACUCUGCCGGUGUUCCGGCACCGACAUCCCCGGGAGACUCGCUCCACGGGAUACUCCGCAGUUCGUGGUGGUGGCGUUCGAGGACAGCGUGCACGAGGAGAACAUGGCGACGUUCCGGCGCGUGCUGUACGGGCGCCGCAACGCCAACCAGUGCGCGGCCGCCGCCACCUUCUUCGUCAGCCACCGCGACACCAACUACGCGCUCGUCAACGAGCUCUACAACCGCGGCCACGAGGUGGCGCUGCACUCCAUCUCGCACAUGAACCCCUCCACGUACUGGCGCGACGCCACCUAUGACGUCAUCAAACAAGAGUUUGCCGACCAGAGAGUACAGAUGUCGCACUUCGCCAACAUUCCCUACGACUCCAUCACCGGCAUGCGGCUGCCGUUCCUCCAGCUGUCGGGAGACAACAGUUACAGGGUGAUGGCGGACCACGGGCUCGUGUACGACAGCAGCUGGGCCACCGCCGCGUACUCCGCGCCCGCGCUGUGGCCCUACACGCUGGACUACCGCUCCACGCAGGACUGCCUCGCGCCGCCGUGUCCCACCGCCUCCGUCCCCGGCGUGUGGGUCCAACCCGUCACUCCCUGGCUCGACCUCGCCGGCAACCCGUGCUCGCUGGUACACGAGUGCUACAACUCGCCCGACCGCUUCAACGAGACAGAAUGGUUCCACUUCUUCUUGACCAACUUCGAGCGGCACUACUUCGGUAACCGCGCCCCGUUCGGCGUGUUCCUGCUGGAGGCGACCCUGUACCCGUACCCGGCCGUGCAGCGCGCGCUGCAGCGGUUCCUGGACGUGCUCAACAACCUGCAGGACGUGUUCAUGGUGACCGGCGAGGAAGUCAUCGAGUGGGUGAAGAGCCCAGUCCCAGUGAACCAGUACAGGACGCAGCCGUGUCGCCAGUACAUACCGACCACCUGCGUGCGGGCGCAGUGCGAGCUCACCUCCGAGUACGACGGAAGAGAAUACGAAUUUGAAUCGUGCAACGUGUGUCCGCGUGUGUACCCGUGGCUCGGCAACCCCCUGGGCCAGUGAACCAAACUAUAGACUGUUUUGUAUUUUAAGAUUAUAAUAAAACUUUCUUACUUUUAAAUAUUU